GGAUAGCCGCCGGGCGGGGCGUUGCCGGACCGGCUGGUUGCGUAGCAACGGCGGGAGGUGCGUGACGUGCGCAGCCGCGUUCCGUCCCGAGGCGCGCCCGCCCCGGGGUAGGCUCGCGCCGCCGCGUCAGCUCAGCGCUCGGUCCCGCGGCUGUGAAGAGGACGCUCUGCAGACUCGCUGCCCGCCAGCUCCCAACCCCGCGUCCCUGCGACCGCCGCGGCGAAAAUGAUUUUCAGUACACCCACUAGAGGCAAAGACGUAACAGAGCUACCAGGUUAUUGAGAGGAAAUACACAGGCACUAGGAGAAUGGAGUUUAGAAGAAGGUCAGAGCCCUGGGCAGUGUUGAGCUGGGCUUUAGGGCCUCAGGAGUGCAAGUAGCUGAUGAAGUAUGUCGCAUUUUUUAUGACAUGAAAGUUCGUAAAUGUUCCACACCAGAAGAAAUCAAGAAAAGAAAGAAGGCUGUCAUUUUUUGUCUCAGUGCAGACAAAAAGUGCAUCAUUGUAGAAGAAGGCAAAGAGAUCUUGGUUGGAGAUGUUGGUGUAACCAUAACUGAUUCUUUCAAGCAUUUCGUGGGAAUGCUUCCUGAAAAAGAUUGUCGCUAUGCUUUGUAUGAUGCAAGCUUUGAAACAAAAGAAUCCAGAAAAGAAGAGUUGAUGUUUUUUUUGUGGGCACCAGAACUAGCACCUCUGAAAAGUAAAAUGAUCUAUGCAAGCUCCAAGGAUGCAAUUAAAAAGAAAUUUCAAGGCAUAAAACAUGAAUGUCAAGCAAAUGGACCAGAAGAUCUCAAUCGGGCUUGUAUUGCUGAAAAAUUAGGUGGAUCCUUAAUUGCAGCCUUUGAAGGAUGCCCUGUGUAGGUCUUUCAGUGCCACAAAUUGAAAGCUUCCAUGUUUAAUGUUAUCCUCUUGCUAUAUAAAUAAAGCAAAUAUAUUUAGGCCAGGGUCUCACUGAGGGGGAGCUGUCUCGUCAUCUUUUAGAGUAAACGAAAUAUUCUGUAAACAUAUGCAAACAGCCCCUAAAUAAAGUCUAAAGUUUUGUUGGUGUGAAAUUAAAUUCUUAUUGGCCAUAUGCUUGUUUUGAUGAGUUGAUUUAUAAAGAUUUUUGUUAAGCUCAGGAUUUUAAAUUAUGCAGUUCACAAAACAGUAAAGGCCAUGUGAAGAGAAUUAUUACAUCUUUAUUAAUCUCAGCAUUUACUUUGUUUCUUUUGCUUAGAAAAUUGCUCAUAAUCUGGUUAUAAUUUUGGCCCAAAUUCUUUAUUCUUCCUUGAGCUAAGCAGAAUAAUGGAAUAUAAUAUGUCUUUAUAAUAUAACAACACUAAUACACUAAUAGUAAGAUUAAGUCAGGCAGUCUUUUACUUCUACCAAAUGUGUAAUGGAGAUUGCCUCAAAAUUGUGUCCACAUAAUCCACGCUGAUCUUGCAAAAGCACUAUUUCAAGCACAUCAUUGGAAUACAGGAAGUAGCCCUGCACCUGCCGGUGAGCUCACCAUUCACUGAUUGGGAGAGUGACCUGGCAUCUUGGAAAUCAUGGUGUGUCUUCAGGAGAAUGUGCAGUGUCUUGUAACAAAUUAUAAUGCAAAUUAGGGCUACAUUGUAAUCUGCUUUGUUAAUGAAAAUGGUAAAACAAUAUUGACAAACUAGGACACCUGUGGUAUCUUCUAUUGUAUCUCCUUCAGAAGUUUGCUUCUUAUGGUAUAAUAAAGUAUGGAAGAAUAUCGAGUAUGUUUACUCUGGGCCUGGGAGAACUUAAUUUUCUAGAGCAGUUUGUUGACUCGUGUGCAGUGGGGAGAGGUACCAUGAUGACACUCACAGGGAGCCACUGUUCACUGACAUUUGGAAGUGGUCAUUGUUCGUAUCACGGGCGUAACACUUGGAACGAUAUAGAGAUGCACCAACAGUUGAACUUAGAAGUAGCAGUAUUGGCUUUGUGUAAUAAAGGAAGCAUUUUUGACUUA